UCACAGUGAUCCAGGAUGGAAAGAGGCAGCAGCAUCUCCUCCAGCGGAGCGAGCAGCUCCAUCCCUGCUGGGCUCCAGCUGAGCUGCUCCACCAGAGACGGUCCCCAGUUCCACGGUAACAUGGAGGCGCAGGGCGCCGGGUCCUCCAAAGUCCUGCUGGCUUACAAAAACGCAUCGCAGCACCUGAGUUCCUCGGGGAUUAAGGCGGGUUUGGGGAUCCUUAAAGUGGCCUCUUCUCAGUGGAAACAGGAGAAGAAGACGCGCUCGGGAGCAACUGUCCGGCAACUGUCCACUGCCAGCAGCAACCAUCCCUGCAAGAGGUCCCCGCUGGACCAGCUGGCAGCUCUGGUCCUCCACGGACAGACCCGGCAGCGCCAGAUCGGACAGGACCAGGCGCCCACAAAGCCCCAGAACUGUAAGCGCAUCGUGGUUCUGGGCGCGCCACGGGUCGGCAAGACCUCCAUCCUCAGGAGAUACCUUCGGGACGGGUUUGUGGAGGAGUACAGUCCCACCUCCGAGGAUUUCCUCAGGAAACUUUUUCGUAUCCGCGGAGAGACCUACCAGAUAGACGUCCUGGACGCGUCCCGGGAGCGGGACUUCCCCGCCAAGAGGCGGCUCUCCAUCCUCACUGGAGACAUCUUCCUCCUAGUGUUCAGCCUGGAUGACCGCAGCUCUUUUGAGGAGGUCUGCUCCCUGCGCGCAGAGAUCCUGGCCGCUAAAUCCAAGCUGAGCAAGUCCUCUGAUCCGGAUCAGUGCGCACAGCCGCAGGUCCCCCUGGUGGUCUGCGCCAACAAGAUGGACCUGCAGGAGUCCGAGAGAGGAAUAUCCACGGCGGAGGUGCUCCGGGCCCUCGGGGAGGACUGUGCCUAUUUUGAAACGUCUGCAAAGGACAGCACGAACCUGGAUAAAGUCUUCGAGACUCUGGCGAAGCGAGGCGGACUCCCUGCGGAGACCGGCCCGUCACAGCACCGCAGAGUCUCCCUCCGGUCCUACCAGGCCAUGCGGACGGGCCGUGUGCCGGGCCGGGCCAGCCAGGCCCCGGGUGAUGCCUGCGGGGCCCUGUUCCCUCUGGCCCGCCGGCCCAGCUUCACCACGGACCUCCGGCAGGUGAUCGGGCCGCAUCCUGCCAGAAAACCCGGCAAGACUCUGGAGAAGUGCCAGAUCCAGUGAGAGACCAUAUGAGACUAUGAGACGUUACAGAGCGACUAAAUCAACCAAUAAAGAAGUAUUAUUCACUAUAUAUAUGUGGAAUAUAAUACAUUAUCGUUGGCUAAAUACAUUCCCUUGAGAUGAUGUUUUCAAAAUAAAAUAUUUUUAAUAGCAUAAUGGCUCGUUUGUGUGUCUGUAUCUAUCUAUAUAUCUUUUUUUCUUCAUUGCAUUUGUUCAUUUUAA